AUGGAUUACAUGGCUCAUGGUACUGCGAAAAUGGGAAUCAGUUCCUCAUGAGCCUGAAUUAGUAAAGUUGUAUUUCCAAGAUAAGUUGGAAUAUUGCUUCGCUUCAAGCAAUAAACUCAAAAUCGCGAUUGUGGCUUAGACGGGUCAUGUGGACCGAUCACCUGAAAUGCGCAGAAGAUACCGGAGAUAUGGUCAGUAUUGAGAAAAGAUCGGCCGGACGACUAUCGCAUGGUGUAGAUCUCACUAUAGCUAUUUAAGUGGUAUGGAAAAAAAAUUAUGGCAUUCAGUUCUCUAAUGGAGGCCGUAAGAAAAACCUUAAGAUUUUUAGUUUCUCUAUUUUUCGCUAGCGAAAUAGAGCAAUCAGAGCCUGAUGUGACGUGCACUAUCUGCUUUGAUGAUAUUAAGCAAGCACAAGCAUAUACGAAGUUCGCAUGUGGGCAUGCUUUCCACUUCGAAUGUUGGAUAAAAUACAUAAUUAAUGGAAUUAUGUAUACAAAAGACAUUUUUUUACGUAGGAUGAUCUGUCCUAAUUGUCGAGGAGUCGUACAUGAACCACAGUCUAGCGAACUUAUUGGACCUGGUCGUUACCUCGGAGGUAACACCCUUUCGAAUAGAGACGAAAACCUGCAUCCUGGCAGAGGGCAGUAUAAUGUUGUCGUUCCUCAACUAGAAACCUUCCCGAAUAUCCCUGGAUCGUUUCAUACAUUCAAUACAGCACCAAACAACAACAUUAGGCGAAUAAGUCUGUCACGACCUAUUCAUUUUAACUGAUGUGACAUACUCAGAAGCGACCCAAACUGCCCGCAGAUAGUGACAAUAGCACCGAAGAAGCCAGUCUUGCUUCGGAGUUGCGAGAAUAUUCAGAGGCUCUAAAAUAUUUAUGUCAUCAUAAGCAUUUUCAAUUUUAUACUAUAUGUCAUUGUUUUCCAAUAAGCUGGCCAGCUAUUUUUGUAAGAGUCAAAUAAUAAAGAUUAUUUUUGCGAAGCGCUUCGGUGUUACCUUUGGUAACCCAUAUUUUUAAAUCUGUUUCGUUAUUUCAUACUGUAUGCGGAUAUAUCUCUAUAAACUGCUUAUGCGGUGUGAUAAUGAAUACCCCUUCGGAUACAUCUAUAUUUGGUAAUUAAUAUUUUCACAUGGUGAGUUUUUGAUAGUCGCUCCCAUGUUUCAAAUUUGUGAUCU